AAAGCGACCCGUUUCCGGAGUGGAAAGCAGCAAAUAUAACCCACAACCCCCACGGCUUCUGCUCCCGAUUCCUCCCGUAUCAUCUUGCUCCCCAAACCAAGCCAACCCCCUCGACGGCCGGAACACAUCGGGGGGACGCAGCCAUGGUGCUCGAGGCGACGAUGAUCUGCAUAGACAACUCGGAGUGGAUGCGGAACGGCGACUACUCGCCGUCGCGAUUCCAGGCUCAGGCCGACGCCGUCAACCUCAUCUGUGGCGCCAAGACCCAGUCCAACCCGGAGAACACGGUGGGCGUCAUGACGAUGGCCGGAAAGGGCGUGCGCGUGCUCGUCACUCCCACCAGCGACCUCGGCAAGAUCCUCGCUUGUAUGCACGGACUUGAAGUUGGUGCUGAAGCAAAUUUGGCUGCAGCAAUUCAGGUUGCUCAGCUGGCUCUGAAGCAUCGCCAGAAUAAGAGGCAGCAACAGCGGAUUAUAGCUUUUAUUGGAAGCCCUGUGAAAUACGACAAGAAAGUUUUGGAAACAAUCGGGAAAAAGCUGAAGAAGAAUAAUGUGGCUCUUGACAUCGUUGACUUUGGUGAAACCGAUGAUGAUAAGCCUGAGAAACUGGAAGCGCUAAUCUCUGCUGUGAACAGUAGUGAUAGCAGCCACAUCGUUCAUGUCCCUCCCGGUGAAAAUGCCCUUUCCGAUGUGCUUAUAAGUACUCCUAUCUUCACUGGUGAAGAAGGUGGAAGCGGUUUUGCUGCUUCUGCAGCAGCAGCAGCAGCUACUGGUGCAGCUGGAUUUGAAUUUGAUGUGGACCCAAAUGUAGAUCCAGAAUUGGCACUCGCCCUGCGGUUGUCCAUGGAAGAAGAGCGAGCAAGGCAAGAGGCUAUUGCGAAGAAGGCCGCAGAAGAAUCUUCUGGUGCUGAAAAUAAGGACCAUGCCUCAAGCUCAAACGCUGAUUCUGUUAUGGCAGAAGCGGAACCUGCCUCAAAUGCUGCUGAUGAUAAAAAAGAUCAGCCGAAGGAAGAUGAUGAUGCUCAGCUACUACAACAGGCUCUUGCAAUGUCAAUGGAGGAGGGUUCUUCAGGGGCUGCAGCGGCUGAUGCUGCUAUGGCAGAGGCUGCUGUAGAUGACCAGGACUUGGCACUAGCUCUUCAAAUGUCUGUCCAGGACGCAGGCGGGUCUAGUCAGUCUGAUAUGAGCAAGGUGUUUGAAGACAGAUCAUUUGUUACAUCCAUCCUUAACUCUCUCCCUGGUGUUGACCCCAAUGACCCCUCUGUGAAAGAUUUGCUGGCAUCAUUGCAUGGGCAGGGCGAGCAAGAGAAGAAGGAAGACAAAUCAGACAAGCCAGAAGAUGAGAAGAAAUAAAUCAACUCCUUUGUGUCUUCCUUGCAACCACCUCUUGAUCAAUCUCGCAGGCGCCCGAAGCAUUGGAGAUAUCUGGUCUCGCUUUAUUUGGUCAUGGAUUCUACUUAUCCUCGUGUAACUGUACUUCAAUUAAAAAACUUAAAGGGAUAAUGGUUUAUCACUUCUUCUGUCGUCAUUUUA